UUUGCAGAUGCUUUUGACACCGUUCCAAAAAUUGAUUUACGCUGUUUGAAGCUUGUUGUCCCAAUUAUUUCAAGUUUUUAUUAUUUCGCCACAACCAUAAGCUUUUUUCUUAAUAUUAUAGAGCUGGCAAUCGAUAACAUCGAUACAAAGUCAAUGAAUUAAUAAAUUAUUCACCAAUUGCAACAACAAACAUCAAACAAGUUGAUUUACAGCACAAAGAUGUCGAAAAUAAUUGAAAUCCCAGUGCAUAUACAAAAGUUGUUGACAAUAUUCCGAACAAUAAUUCCCAAACUUAGUAAUGGAAAGUAUAAAGGUCAAUAUGGUCGCAUCGGCGUCAUCGGAGGCUCUUUGGAAUACACUGGAGCACCAUAUUUUGCCGCAAUAUCUGCCAUUAAAGUGGGUGCCGACUUGUCGCAUGUUUUCUGUCAUGCGGACGCAGCUCCAGUUAUUAAAUCAUACAGUCCCGAUUUAAUUGUGCAUCCUGUUCUGGAUCGUGAGGACGCCGUGGACCAAAUUAAACCUUGGAUCGAUCGGUUACAUGUUGUUGUAAUCGGACCUGGUUUGGGGCGAGAUACUCGUGUUCUUAAUACCGCCACAGACGUGAUCAAAUUGUGCCUGGACAUGGGAAAACCAAUUGUGGUCGAUGCCGACGGGCUAUUCAUAUUGAACGGUAAUAUUGAGCUGAUUUGUGGACAACGCAAUGUAAUAUUGACUCCAAAUGCAAUCGAGUUUCAAAGGUUAUUCGGCCAGGACAUUGCGGUUGCUAGAGAAAAGAUGUUGCGUCUUGGGGAUGGCGUUGUAGUGCUGGAAAAAGGUGCUCAUGACAAGAUUCAUAUACCACAUACUAGCGAAGUAUAUGCCAUGCCAACUGGAGGAUCAGGGCGUCGUUGCGGUGGUCAGGGAGAUUUGUUAAGCGGUUCUUUGGCAACGUUCUUUUACUGGUCGUUGCAGUCCAAUCAACCCAAUGCAGCAUAUUUAGCUGCCUGUGCCUCUAGCUAUUUCGUGAAGAAAUUAAACUUGGCAGCAUUUCAAAAGUUCGGUCGUAGCAUGGUUGCCAGUGAUAUGAUUAAUGAGAUUUCGUCCGUAUUUAAACAUGAAUUUGAAAAUACAUCGCAAUAAUUAAAAUA